AUGAGCGCCGACCAGCCCCGGGAGGACAAGCGCCAGAAGUACACGCCGUUCGGCUUGCAGGCCAACGCGAUCGGCAAACUAUUCGAGAAUCCGGACAAACCGGUGAGCCUGCCCGAGCCGAGCAAGGAAAAGACGAUCAAGCCGCCGCCAGACAUUGUCAAGAAUGUCAGCAGCAGCACGGCCGGCGCUGGCUCCGGCGAGUUUCACGUGUACAAACAGGCGCGGCAGCGCGAGUACGAGCGCUUGAGCAUCAUGGCGGAGCGCGCAGAAAAGGAAACCGUGCAGGCGGAGUUUGCUGCAAAGCAGGAGCAGGUGCGCGCCGAGGACGAGCGAAAAACGUCGAAAAACCGCGCACGCCGCGAAAAAAAAAAGGCCGCACAGCAGCGUGCCAAAGAAACCGAAACCGAGCCGAGCAAAAAGCGUCGGCUCGUCGCGCCCGACGCGCCUACCCUGCGCACCGAUACCCCACACCACCCAUAG